AUGAAUGCAAGUAAAGAGAACUGCAAGUUUCAAAGUAUUGGGUCCUCGGGAAACAAUACAAGUGUUCUUCCUUCUACCAAAAAUAAUAAUGACAGAUUAUCUGAAACAGGUCAAGUUUCGUCAAUACCUAAGAAAAGCUCCAAUUUGACUUCUCAAAGGAGAAGCGACUUUCAGAUGGUGGUUAAUGAAUGCUCCGAUUCUGAAUCAACCACAUCUGCCAGCGGCUCUCUACCUAGUUACGCCGCAGUAAAUCACGCGCGCCAAUCAAUCAGGAAAAAUCAUAACUGGCCUAAUCAUUCUGCUAAUACCAUUUCAAGCAACAACAACAACAACAAUAACAACAAUAAGAUAUCAAAGAUAUUGUGUAUCAACUUUAAUCAGGAUCAUGGGUGCUUUGCCAUUGGCCAUGAAAAUGGGUUCUUGGUAUAUAAUACAGACCCGCUAGAUCUACGUGUCAAGAGAAUAUUUAACAACACGAGCCCAAUCCUAAACGCGUGGCCACCCGCUACCGCUUCCAUAUCAGCUUCACCAAUUGGCUCAGCAUCGCCACGAUUGAAUGACCGUCAAAACCAAUUCCUUCAUUUUCUGGAGUCAGAUACAGGUCUGAAACCAUUAGCAGGCUCUGGUAUUGGACAUGUGACAAUGCUACAUAGGACAAAUUACGUUGCAUUAAUAGGAGGCGACUACAACCCUAAAUUCCCGCGAAACAAGUUGGUGAUUUGGGAUGACUUGAAACGGAAAAUAAGUUUGUUGUUGGACUUCCCCAAGCCUGUAUUGAACGUAUUAUUGUCUCGAAUUAAAAUUGUUGUUGUUUUGAUUGACGAGAUAAUAGUUUACACGUUUUCAUCGCCGCCAAAGAAGUUGGCAAGUUACGAAACUUGUAAAAAUGAAUAUGGUCUAGCAGACUUGUCGGUGAUAAACAGUGUUAGUCAUAGGUCCCUAUUGACAACAAAUUCCAUGGAAAAGGGAAAAUCACUAGUUCAAGAGGCACAGCUACCUAUAAACCGACAAGGGACAAAUCACGGAUCAUUGUCCAGUAAUGCAAGCGACAACAACAACAACGACAACAAUAAUAACAAUAAUAAUAAUACUAGUAGCAAAAUUAAUAAUAACAACAACAACAACAACAACAACAACAACAGUAGCAGUAGCAACAACAGUAGUAGUAGUAGCAUAAGCAGCAGUACCAUAUCAACUGGGGUCCCACUCAACCAAAGUCAACAUUAUCAAACCCCUCCCACAUGCGCGAUUUUGGCAUUUCCGGGAAAAGCCAUUGGUCAAAUUCAAAUAGUUGAUAUUGGUCAACAACAGCAACAGCAACAGCAACAGCGGCAACGGCAACGUGAGAACAAUGCACCAACAAGAAGUUCAUCCACAGUAAGCGCACCCUCCAUCAGUAUUAUUAAAGCCCACAAAUCCGCUAUACACAAUCUUUGUCUUAAUAAAUCGGGGACAUUGCUAGCCACUGCUUCUGUGGUGGGGACCAUCAUUCGCGUGCAUUGCACCAAGACGUCAAACUUGCUUUUUGAAUUCAGAAGAGGUAUAGAUAAAGCAGAGAUCACCUCUAUGAAAUUCAAUCAUAACGAUACUAAAUUAGCAGUGUUAUCUGAUAAGUAUACUUUGCAUGUUUUUAACAUAGAAUUAAAUGAUACUUGUACUCUUCAAAAUUCAUCGAACCAAACUAACAAAACACGCACAAAUAAUUAUAACAAUAAUAACAAUAAUAACAAUAAUAAUAGAGAACACAUUUUGAACAAGUAUAUGUCAUACUUGCCUGCACCACUUUUACCUCAAUAUUUCAAAAGUACCUGGAGUUUUUGCAGCGUGAAUACCGGCAAAUACCAUCAAAGUGAAACUGACUUGGACAUGGGUAUAAUUGGAUGGCUGGGGAACGACGCAAUUAUAGUCAUUUGGCCAAAGAAAAAGUUAUGGGAAAAAUACUCAAUAUUGAAACAAAAACACAAGUCAAGUGAAGGUGCUGAUGAUCAAUGGGAAAUUACAAGAACCAGUUGGAAAUCUCUCGAAAAGGACUGA